GGUUGAGUUGCUCCGCUUGCUCCUUUGAUAAAACCGUGACGGCCGAGGCCCAAGGAAAAUCGGGUGGAAAAUAUUGUGGCUGAUCAUUAUGUGACGAGCAUUUCGACAGCAGUAAUAGUCUACGACUGUGAAUGGUGGUAUACUGCAAAGAGCAAGUGCGCUUGAGCCUUGAAGCUUGAGCCUUGGAGCAAGUUGCUUGCAAGUUACAAAAUGGUAACUUAGGGCAAGCGCCGCUUACAUACCAGGCGCCCGCCGACCAGCCGCAUAUCUCAGGAACGCCAGCAACCAUUUGACAACAUGUCUACCAUAGUGAACUUACCUUUCGAUCUUCUGCAACCCAUUCUCAUACAUUUACAUGAUAGAAGGCAUCUGAGUACAGUCGCACUAGUCAGCCGUGCAUUCAAUCACGCUGUGACGCCUCUUUUGUACAGAAGGCUCGAUUCACAAGUGAAACGAAACAUCCUUUACCAUCCUUCUGCAACCCUUCUCAAACGACCAGAAUUGGCACAGUAUGUCUGGCAUGUGACGGAGACAGGCACAGUGCAACGCUUCCGACAAGUUAUUCCUAAUAUCACUGAAGAUAUUGUUGCAGCGCUUAGACUUUGCACAAAUAUCACGUCUGCAACUUGGGUAGAUGACACGUUGACUCCAGAGGCGAAUUUUCUACCCAUACUGGACGUCUUGAUGACGUUACCCUUGCGGGAGCUUACGAUACGCACCCAGUAUGAUCCAGGAGAACGAGUUUGGUCCCGGCUCAAUACUAUCCAGGGCAUUCGUCGUUUGUCAGUGUGGUCUUUGGAGUGGGGCCCCCCGCGGGUACUUCAAGGAUGGGCUGAUUUACUAAGUUCCUCUCUAACGCACCUUGAACUUGGCCGUUGUGCAGGUGUUCCCGCAACUAUCCUCAUCUCUGUCUUUAUGAGACUUCCUCUUUUACAAGAGCUUUGUCUCAAGGGUGCUCCAAGCGCCGCCAUCCCGGCUAUAAUUGCCUGUCUUCCCAAUCUGAUAGCCCUUGAUACGGAAUAUCUGGACUCUGGAAAUUACCGCACGCCACUCACACCAUUGCCUCGUUUGCAACGCCUAACAGUUCAAACAGGAUCAGUGGAUAUCGAUGGACCGCAGAAACUAUGGACAUGGAUGAGGAUUUUGCUUCCACACCAACAAACUUUAAAGUCAUUCACGCUAAAUGCAUUUGCAGUGCAUGGCCAAAUAACCAUUCCGCGCCCAUUCAUUAUAAAUCUUACUGGUAGACACGGGAAGUCCCUCCAAGAUUUUGCUGUGGGCGUUGCGCAGUUGACGUUAGAAACUGUAUCCUAUAUGUGCUCGACAUGCCCCCAACUUACGACACUCGAAUGCUCUGUGGCAAGUCCAGACGUAGACUCAAUCGCAAAAGCAAUCGAGGCGGGGCACAACCUUCGGACACUCUCGCUUCAUGUCUCUUGGAUCCCUCAUGGCCGCGUCGAUUUGCUUCCACAGUUUGAAAAGUACUCAGAAUCCCGAACCAUGUAUGCAGAUUCUUCACAUCUUAUAAGCGAGGGGAAGACUAGUCGUUUUACCGAGGAACACGCUCGCGCCUUGAUGCUCCAGACACGCCUUCGCAGCAUUGGCAUAGGGGAUCAGUCCUACACAGGUCGGUGGGUUCAUCGGGGAUGUUCUGCCGAGGUCACACAGGAUGUUGGGAAAGAAGAUGUCGUACUAGAAGUCGUCGGGGAUCCAUUCGUCUAGUUUUCAGGGUCACCUGUCACACUGAAUUCAGACCGUGUGUCAUAUCACCGAGCGUGCAUUGGUGAACUGAGUGCAGUGAAGAAAGAUUCAGGCCAUAUCAU